AUGUUGUUAGCCGGGGGUUUAGUCGUUAAUUUGUCUGACUUUAGCUCGUUGGAACAAGCUCUGACAACACUUCCACACAUUCCUCGUACUCAGACGGUCUUGGCCUCAGUUCGGGGCUCGGUUAAGGCGUCCAGGUUCUUUUAUCAACCAAAAACAAGCCGAAGCCGGGCGACCCGAACCGGGCUCCCUGUGACCCUCACGCCUCGCUCCCUUCGCUGUGUGCGGCUCGGCGGCUUCAGCUGGAAGCCGAACCUGGUUCAUUUGACGCUCUACAAGGCUUGUUCUCCAACUGCUCCCGUUGGGAACGCUGAGAUUUCCCAGCCUCCUGAAAGUGCCGCUGUUGACGGCGUAACGCCCCGCGGAGUCUCGCCGCAGCGGCCAUGGCCGGCUCGGACAGCUGUCGUCGGGCUGCUCGCGCUGCUGUGCGCGAGCGUCCACCGCGGCGUCGCCUUCAACCUGGACGUGGACAAACCCUUCGUCUACACCGACCCCAGGGGAGCUACUUCGGGUUCUCGCUCCGACGUUCUCAUCGGAGCGCCCCGGGCCAACACAUCGUCCAGCAGCACCGUGGUGGAGAGGGGAGCUGUGUACAGUUGUCCCUGGAAGAACUCCGCCAGCUGCCGGCAGCUGCUGUUCGACGACAAAGAUAACCGAUUUAAAGAUGGGAAUCAGAUCGAGUUUAAGUCCAAGCAGUGGUUUGGUGCCUCAGUGCGAUCUGACGGAGAACACAUCCUGGCCUGCGCUCCCCUCUACCAGUGGUCCACUUUCGGCUUCAGCGAGAGGGAGCCUGUGGGGACGUGUUACCUGAAGAAAGGAGACACAGUGGUGGAGUACUCACCCUGCAGAUCCAGUUCCCACACUCCAGAAGGACAGGGUUUCUGCCAGGCUGGUUUCAGUGCAGACUUUCUUAAGAAAAGUAACAGAGUUGUGGUGGGAGGACCGGGCAGCUUCUACUGGCAGGGCCAGUUGAUUUCAGACCGCGUCGACGAGAAAAAUCGCUUCAACAACGACUACAUCACGCCGUACGGAAACACACUUUCCACCAAAUCAGCCGGUGCCCAGUAUGACGACAGCUACCUCGGAUACUCUGUGACAGUCGGGGAUUUCAACGAGGAUGGGAAGGAAGUGACUGGAGUACCGAGGGGGGACAAGGCACUGGGUUAUGUGAACAUCUUCAAUGGGGCCAACAUGGAGUCCAUGAUUAACUUCACCGGCUCGCAGAUGGCUGCCUACUUUGGAUAUUCAGUGGCUGCCUCUGAUGUUAACAGCGACGGGUUUGUGGACGUGCUGAUCGGAGCUCCCCUCUUCAUGGACCGAGGCUCGGAUGGGAAACUGAGGGAGGUGGGACAGGUGUCCGUUUACCUGAGCCGAGGCGGCUUCUCCUUCCAGCCGCCGCAGCUGCUGACCGGAGCGGAGGUUUACGCCAGAUACGGCUCGGCCAUCGCAGCGGGGAACCUGGACAGGGACGGGUACAAAGACGUGGCCAUCUCUGCUCCCUACGGAGGUCCGGACCACAACGGCCUGGUCUACAUCCACAACGGCCAGGCCUCGGGGAUCGACUCCACAGCCUCUCAGGUCCUGCAGGGUAAAUGGGCGUCCAGCUACAUGCCUGCUAGCUUUGGCUAUUCCAUGACAGGAAGUACAGACAUAGACCAGAACGGAUAUCCAGAUUUGGUAGUUGGAGCGUUUGGAGCGGACAAGGCUGUUUUAUACAGAGCUCGUCCAGUGAUCAGUGUGAACGCUACGUUAGACAUAAGCCCCCAGAUCAUCAACCCAGAGGAGAAGAGCUGCACCAUUCCUCAAACCAACACGCAGGUGUCGUGUUUUAAAGUGAAGUACUGUCUGGCAGCCGGCGGGUUUGGAGCUCCGUCCUCUCUGAGUUUUCGUGUGGACCUCACGCUGGACCGCCUGAAGCAGAAGGAGGCGACCAAACGCGCCCUCUUCCUCCACAGUGCCACCUAUCAGUAUUCUAAGAACAUGACGGUGAACAGCAACAGACGGCUGGCCUGCGAGGAGCAGGAAGUCUAUUUAAGGGACGACCGCGAGUUUCGGGAUAAGAUCACUCCCAUCUCCGUGGCGAUGGAGUACAGUCUGGACUACCAGCUGGCUGCAGAUCAGACCGGACUGCUGCCCAUCGUCAACAUCUGGGCACCAACUAACGUCACCAAGCAGGCUCACAUUCUGCUGGACUGUGGCGAAGACAACAUCUGCAAACCCGACCUCAAGCUGUCGGUGAAGAGCGACCGGGAGAAGAUCUACAUCGGCGACGACAACGCCCUCACCCUGAUGGUCACGGCUGAGAACAAGGGCGAGGGCGCCUACGAGGCCGAGCUGCACGUCUACCCGCCUCAACAGGCCGACUUCACCGGGGUGGUCCGCAGUCAGACUCUCUCUCGGCUCUCCUGUGCUUACAAGAAGGAGAACGAGACCAAGAUGGUGGUGUGUGACCUGGGAAACCCCAUGAAGAAAGACACUACGAUCCUGGCGGAGUUGGGAUUCAGCGUACACCAGCUGUCUGAGGAGGACACCUCCAUCAAAUUCGACCUCCAGAUUGUCAGCUCUAACCAGUUUCAGAACAGGAGUCCCCGAGUGUCCAGCGUCACGCAGCUGGACAUCCUGGCUAAAGCCUCCAUCAGAGGGUCGUCGUCUCCCUCUCAGGUUCUGCUGCCCAUCGCCAACUGGAAGCCCAAAAACCCCCCGGUGCUCGGAGACGACAUUGGGCCGCAGAUUCUUCACGUUUACGAGCUGCUGAACAACGGGCCCAGCACGUUCAGCAAGGCGUCGCUGGAGGUGGAAUGGCCGUAUCACUUCAGGAACGGCUCUCUGCUCUACAUCACCAGCUUUGAGACCGAGGGGCCCAUCAACUGCACCACGGACGUGGAGAUCAACCCGCUCAACGUCUCCAACCCGCUGGGGACCCAGAAGAACACCAGCGUCGUCAGGGACCGAGAGAUGGAGGGAGGAAACCCGAGACGUGUGAGGAAGAGAGACCUGGAGGCCAGAGAGACGCAAAACGACUUGCAGAUACUGAACUGCAACACAGCCGAGUGUCUGAAGCUGAGGUGUCAGGUCGGCCGUCUGGAGAGGAACAAGAACGCCAUCCUGUUCAUCUACUCCAGACUGGAUGUCAACAACUUCCUCAGGACUGAGAAUCAGAAUCGCUCCUACGUGGUUCGAUCGACGGCGUCGUUUGAAGUCAUUGAGAUGCCGUACAAGAACCUGCGGACCGAGCUGCCGGCGAACUCCACCACCGUCAGCGUGUCGGUGACGUGGGUGGCGGACUCGGCCCAGCCGGUACCGGGCUGGGUGGUCGCUCUGGCGGUACUCGCAGGGCUCCUGCUGCUGGCUUUGCUCAUCUUCAUUAUGUACAAGCUGGGUUUCUUUAAGAGAGUGCGCCCCCCGCAGGUGGACUGCACCGAGAAGGAGCAGCUGCAGCCAGAGGAGAACGGGAACACUGACGCUUAGAGGCCGAGAGUUUUAAGACGCAAAGGGAGAGAGAAAGUUAAGGAGAGAAGAAAUCAGGGUAAACCAGCUUCAGAGAGAAUCACUGUAAUGACUGUUUGGGGGAGGGACGGCUAACUGUAUUUGUUUAGCUUUUUUUUUUAUGUUUUUUUUUUUCUUUUUUAAAUCAUGUUGCAUUUGUGCCAAAACAGAAGCUGGAAAAACACUGGUCACAGAUAAAAAAAAAAAAAAGAAAACAACCCUCGACGCUUUACACCGCGCGUUUUUAAAAGUUUAAGGAUCGUGCCGUCUCUUUGUGCGGCUUCACGACGCUGAAGCACUUCCUUAGCGGCUUCCGUGAACCCGGCGCUCCGUCUCUCUCUGGUUCUCUAACACUAAAAGCAACACGUUCGAAACGCUCCCAGCAUGCACAGGGAGCAGCAGCUGUCCCGUCGGGUUUGGCCUCGCAACAGAUUUGCACAUUUCUUCUGUCCUUUUCCGUCUUUUGUUUGUUUCUGCUUCGUCGCGACAUUAAACGGCCGACGAGCCGAUUGGUCUCGUCGGCCUUGAAGUCCAGAACUGCUGAUGCGUGAAGAAAAGCGUAGUGAUUGAUGGAGGACGGGUAACAGCAGGACCAGUAUUCAUAACUGUAAGUACCAGAGUCAGCUGAUUGGAUUAGGACCAACAGCAGCAAUGAAACAGCAACAUUGAGAUUGAGAAAACUAGGUUCUGGAAUAGUUUUGGAUAAAGAUGGACUAUUUGCUCUGAGAUGAUCAGAGUGUCGCAGUGAUGCAUCUUUUUCUUCUGUUUUCUCUCCUGCUUUGUGUGGUGUUUGGUAACGGACUGAAACUGUAGUAUGUUGAGUUGUGCUUUUGGGGGGUUCGGGGAAGGGGUCUGCAGGGUUUUCUUAUGUGUUUUUAAAUGCAUUUUGUACAAAACAGUAACGGUGAUUUGCAGUAGCGGGUCCAGCUCUAUUUAACACAAUCAAGAAACGGUUUUCUUUCACCUCCGAUCACUUGGUCAAACCCCGGACCCAAGGAAAACGGUUUUAGAAUACAUCCUGACCCCUGGAGGCCGAUAUGUGUUACUACACAUAUCUACAGCCUUUAUGUCAGGGGUCCCCAAAGAGGGUCCUUGAGGGCCCGGCAUCCUGCAUGUGUUAGUUCUCUCCUUGGUGGUAGUGACAACCUUUUCAGCAGGUCAAUGUUGUUCUUAGGCCUCAAACGAGCCAUCAUUUGAUCCAGGUGCCUUAAAUCAGGGAGAGAACCAAAGCAUGCAGCAUGCCGGGCCCUCGAGGGCCCACUUUGGGGACCCCUGCUGUCUGUAGCCAAAAAAAAAUACACAACACACAAUACUAAGUAAUUAUGUUAUUUGAUGCUAUGCAAAUGAGUUUGCAUUAAAUACAUUGGAAUGCUAAUGCUACCGUUGUUAGCAUUUGGAUGUAUUUAGCGGUCCUGCUACUGCUAAGGAUAAGUAGUUUAGUUUAACCCUCUCAGGCUCAAAUUACUUGCAAAGACUGGCUAAGUUGUUGCAAAUCUGCAACACCUGCCUGGAGAGGGUCAACUUCAUUAAAAUGAAGUAGCAUUGUUAAAAAAUUGAUUCUCUGUGGAAGGAAAAAAAUCAUAAUGGUCUAAAUUUCUUGUCGCAUGAAGUCCGAGAGUCAAAUGAACUAAAAGUGCGUUUUUAUCUGGUCGAGCUGAGCUGCUAAACGGCACAGAAUAAAAACCUUCAAUUUAUGGAUGGAAUGUAUUGAUCCUCUGAGAGGGAAAAUAGUCAAUAAUACACAAAACAAUGAUCCACACUUGCUGUUACAUUCCUCUGCAGCUUUUUAGCUACCGGAGCAGCCAUAGCAACUGUAGCUAAGGGGCGGGGUUUAAUCCGUGGUCACUUGUUACUUUCCUGCCAUUUCCUGCACUGAAGCCUCUUUUUUCUUUUUUUUUUCUUUUUUGUUUAUUUCCUUGUAGUUUGUCCUCAGAUUUCAAACUGGUGACUGGCAGCUUCGCUAGAAACUUAAAAAGAAAAAAAAAUCAGCUGGUUGCUUUUUUUUUCUUCUUCUAAUGACUCUGAUCUGACUUGUGUUAUGUGUGUUUAUGUAUUUAAAAGAAAAGGAACAAAAACAACUUUUUUUUUUUUUUUUUUGCUAUUUGCCCAUAUUGGGUUUGCAUAUUUUGACGAUUUCACUGCAACAGCAGAAAGCGGGCGAGAGCGCAAAACGCCUUCACAACAAUGAAAGUUGCGUCGUUGCUUUUCCACACUGGUUGGAUUUCUGUUAAAGACGAAAACCUGAACGUACGUCACGUUUACCAUGUGCAGGUCACAGUCAUGGACCUCUACAUGGUGUAAAUAGGGUCACUCAUUCUAAACAGGCCAUAAUAUUUCUCUCAUCUUAGUUUCUUAAUUCUUAGCAAGCCUAGCCAGCUACGUAGCACAUGAGGCUACGUUUGCUGACCUGGGCUUCCUGUUUGAGUCCUUUGGAAAACCUUUAAAACUUUGAACAGAUUUAAAUCAACAAAUCAACACUGAGCAGUUUGGACAACUUUACCUUUAAAAUUAGAGUUGUGUUUCUUUAAUAGGCUAAAUGUAGAUUUUCUGCUUUCAGGAUGGACUAAUAAUAAAUCAAGUAACUUCAGUGAUUUCUAAAGACACGAGUUUGAAUUCACUCUAGAUCUGCUCCACACAGUGUCACUAAUAUUUGCUCAAAGUUUUCUUCAUAUGUUGCAACUCGUCUCACCCUUUUUGACCGAGGGUGAAGAAAACGAAAACUGAACUGUUGGCGUUAAUCGAUGUCGGAUGGCUUCCUGGCACAGAUCACCUCUUUGAACAGAGUCCAGAUGUUUUCAGCUGGGUUCAGUUCAGGACCGGCCCACAAACUUUCAUCUACUGCAGGUUGAAAAGCAAAUUAAAUCAAUAAAUUAAUAAAUAAAAGAUUGCACUGCAAAAACACUAAAUCUUACCAAAUGUUUUGGGUCUGGUUUAUAGUCAAAAUAGCAUUUGAAAUAAUUUUAUUGACAUAAAACAUGUUGUUCUUGAUCAGUAAUCCUUAUUGCUGAUGGAACAGUACUCGUCCUAAUGAUACAUUAUUUCACUUAUAACAAGACCAUUUUUUCCCAAGUUGUAAGUGAAAUGAUGCACCAAUGGAAGUGGAACUUUCUCAUCAAUAUUAAGGAUUAUUGACUCAAAACAAGCUCCUAUUUCUUUGCAAAAAUGCAUUUGUCGGUGCCCUUAAAUUGAGACGAAUCUGCAACAUUUCCGCUGGACGUCGGCGGCCUUGAAAAGUUAACUUUAGUUUGAAGUAAGUAAAAUGAGAAGAAAGUGAAAAUGUUUGUUUGUCUACAAGUUCAACCUUUAAAUAUGAGCUUUUACUUUCUAAAAUGGGGAAAUGAUAGUAUUUGUUUAUUUAAAUGAUGACUUUGAAGGCUUUUCCACCUUAUUGAUCAUUUUGAGUUAAAAAUAAUCACUUCAUUAAAGAAAAAACUAAAAAAAAAAAACUAAAAGCUUUUAGAAGCUUUUAAUUCUGGAUGUUUAACUGCACUGAAGGUUCCUGGACUGAACUCGGCGUGGAUUCCUAAGAAAGCAGUGAAAUGUAAAUUCAUUGAAAUGGAUGUAGCACUAAUCACAAACUGUCCAUUUAGGAGAUCAGUGCUUCAUCUAGAUUAAGAUUAUUUUUAUUCCAGAUUUUAACUCAUUUUAAAGUCCAGACACCAAAAAGAAAAUUUUAAUUAUGCAAUAGCCUUUACCACACAGUUGAAUUGUAAACCAAAAUGACCACUGUUUAUGAUUUGUUACAAUAAACCUGUAAUAUAACUUUAACACAAGCCUGUGAGGGGAUUGCGAACAGCAGAGAAUUUUACUUUUUGCAGGUGGAAGAAUCACAAAUGCAAAGAUUUGAUUGGUUGACGGGGAUCUCGAGGGCUUCCUGAUGGCAGCCAUCUUGAUUUGAGUGGCCAAAUCUGCACAAAAACUUGCCUUUGAUGCAGCACAUUUCAAAACUGGUUUAAAUCGACUCGUUUUGUUCACGAUAAAUGAAAGAUUAACAUCUGCGGUUGUGUGUGGUUGCUGGAGUGAAAUCUGCUCCCACUCAGUCUGAACCACCUGCAGCUCUUUGAGUCGCGGCUCAAUUCUCUGGUCUGUAGAAUGAACUGAAUCUGAACACGGUUAAGAUUUCUAUUUGAAAAAGAAGGAAAUUAAAAUGUAGAGAAUCUAAAAGCAGAAUCAGACUCUGAACUGACUGAUGGCGAUUUGACUCCAGUCCUUUUUAUAUAUUUAACACCACUCUCUUUUCCUUUCUGCUAUGAGCAAAUAUUUACUUUUUUUUUUUUUUUGAUGUAUGUAUUCUUCCACUUAGAGUUUAUAUUAACAAUAAAAAAAAGAGAUGAUUUCACUUUUGGGCUGAAAUAAACAGAUUUGUUCACAUUU